CUGUUCCGCGGCUCCCUUCGGCUUGGGGUUUUGCAACUGGCAGUUGGCUUUUUUUCCCCUCCCCUGUUCGCUCUCUCCUUCUGCUUUUAGGUUGCUCCACCCCGCCCCGGAUCAGGCAAGGGGAACCGGCGUGGUUGCGGCUGCCAACUCCCGCCGAGUGCGUCUGCGAACUCCCGGAGCGGAGUCCCGCGUCCCGCCUCCUCCCCGCGGGGCGCACUCUCCUGGCUCCCUGGGGCCCCGCGUCCUCCCCUCCUCAACCCUUCCCCACUUUUCCCCGCUUUUGCAAUCACAUGGCAUUUUAAGAAUGCCGGAAAGAUGGCGGUAGCGGCGGCCGGCGGGGGAGGCGGCCGGGCGCAGCGGAGCGGGCUGCUGGAAGUUUUGGUGCGGGAUCGCUGGCACAAAGUUCUGGUGAACUUGAGCGAGGACGCCCUGGUUCUGAGCUGCGAGGAGGGCGCUGCGGCGUACAACGGCAUCGGGACCGCCACCAAUGGUUCGUUCUGCAGGGGUACCGGGGCCGGGCACCCGGGCGCAGGCAGCGCGCAGCCCCCGGACUCACCCGCUGGGGUCCGCACCGCCUUCACCGACCUACCCGAGCAGGUGCCGGAGUCCAUCUCGAACCAGAAGCGCGGCGUGAAGGUGCUGAAGCAGGAGCUGGGCGGACUGGGCAUCAGCAUCAAGGGGGGCAAGGAGAACAAGAUGCCCAUCCUCAUCAGCAAGAUCUUCAAGGGGCUAGCGGCGGACCAGACCCAGGCCCUGUACGUGGGCGACGCCAUCCUGUCGGUGAACGGAGCAGACCUGCGGGAUGCCACCCACGACGAGGCGGUGCAGGCGCUGAAGCGCGCUGGCAAGGAAGUGCUGCUGGAAGUGAAGUACAUGCGAGAAGCCACGCCCUAUGUGAAGAAAGGGUCCCCAGUGUCGGAGAUCGGGUGGGAAACGCCACCGCCUGAGUCCCCUCGGUUAGGGGGCAGCUCCGCAGACCCUCUGUCAUCGCAGUCCUUCUCCUUCCACAGAGAUCGGAAAAGCAUCCCCCUGAAGAUGUGCUAUGUCACUCGGAGUAUGGCCUUGGCUGACCCUGAGAACAGGCAGCUUGAAAUCCACUCUCCAGAUGCAAAGCACACGGUUAUCCUGAGGAGCAAAGACUCAGCCACUGCCCAGGCCUGGUUCAGUGCCAUUCAUGCCAACGUUAGUGAGCUCGUGACCAGAGUGAUUGCCGAGGUCAGAGAGCAGCUGGGGAAAGCAGGCGUUGCUGGGAGCCGAGAGAUUAGGCACCUUGGUUGGCUUGCAGAAAAGGUGCCAGGAGACAGUGAGAAACAGUGGAAACCAGCCCUGGUUGUACUGACGGAGAAAGACCUUUUAAUCUACGACAGCAUGCCACGGAGGAAGGAAGCCUGGGCCAGCCCCGUGCACACAUACCCUCUUCUUGCCACCAGGCUGGUGCAUUCAGGUCCAGGGAAGGGAUCACCUCAGGCUGGUGUGGAUCUGUCCUUUGCAACACGAACUGGUACCAGGCAAGGGAUUGAAACACAUCUCUUCAGGGCAGAGACCAGUAGGGAGCUCUCCCACUGGACAAGGAGCGUAGUUCAAGGUUGCCACAAUGCUGCUGAACUCAUUACUGAAAUCACUGCUGCUUGCACCUACAAAAACCAGGAGUGCCGUUUGACCAUCCAUUACGAGAAUGGAUUUUCUAUCACCACUGAACCACAGGAGGGUGCCUUUCCCAAGACAAUCCUACAGUCUCCUUAUGAAAAGCUCAAAAUGUCUUCAGAUGAUGGAAUCAGGAUGCUGUAUUUAGAUUUUGGAGGCAAAGAUGGAGAGAUUCAACUGGACCUUCAUUCCUGCCCCAAGCCAAUUGUUUUCAUCAUUCAUUCUUUCCUGUCAGCUAAGAUUACAAGACUGGGCUUGGUGGCCUGAAGAGAGGAGCGACUUGCUUGAGAAAUGGAGGGCUGCCAUGCCACCAGAGAAUGUUGUCGGACACCAUCUAUAGUGAGCAGAGCACCAGAUGUAGCAUGUGACAGUCAGCUGUAGAUCUCAGGAGUCACGUGUAACUGUCCCAGACCUCUCUGUCAGUCUCAGCAACUAGAAGGGGGUACCCUAAGAAAGCACCCCAAGGAAUAUCAGAAUAAAGCAUUGUAGAACAGUACAAAGUUAAAGAGGGGAGGGUGAUGGGGAAAGCCACAGCAUAGCUUUUACAUCAUGACAACCAAGGACGUGACCAUUAGAACAGCAUGUGCAGAUCUUAAUCAUACUGGUUUCCAGGCAACUGGUUCACCCAGGUAAGCAAGGGCCGAAUAGAUGAGAAAUAGACAUUGUCGCCUACUCCCCCAGCUCCCUACCCCCAGUAACAACAAACUCUUGUUUUAUUGGGAUUUAUUUCCUAAUUCUGGUUGUGUUGACUUUCACAGGUAGGAAAAGAAAAAUACUUUGAAUAGAAACCCAUUUUUUAUUUAAGUAUGGAGCAAUUGUUACCUUUUUUAAAAAAUGAGUUAUCUUUCAAUGGUGUAGAAUGAUUCCCACAUAUUUUCAUUAGCAUACACUGAGCAGGAAUUAAAUAGAGCAUUAGAUACUGAUCUGAGCAGUAAGCUAGUGGAAUCUGAGCCAAAGUAGACUGUUGAAGUUGAUAAGCUUUGCUAAAGAGUUGUAUGCACAAAAGAUGAUUAAUUCUGGGACUACGCUUACAUCAAGGUCUGCUAUCUUACAGCCAAGAAUGAUAGCUUUAUUUAUAGAGGGCAAAUUAUGGGUAUUAUUUUUUUAGAAAAGAUUGUCAUCCUAUUCAUAUAUAUAAAACUUGGAAGGUUAAGGUUAACUAUUUAUCCUUGUUUUGUGGUUUUAAGUAGAAAUACUGAGCAGUUUAUGACCCUCGAUUCUGCCUGUGCUUGUGUGCAUGCACUUUCAAGCAAGUAGUAGAGCAACCCUGUUUAAUUCUG